CAAAGAAGAAGUCCAAGUCAAAAAGAAGCUGCUGCUUGGCAAGUGCGCCUCGUGAGAAGUUGCAACUUGCAAAGAAAGGAAAACAUUUAAAAAAUCAUAGAGGUUCUGAUUUAGUCCAUUUUCAAAGUCACAUUCACACUGCAGCAGGCACCAAGAAACUAUCUUCUUGAGAAUUGAGAUCUCAGAUCUACAAAACAAGAGCACUCCAGGAAGGCAACAUUCAACAGAUGGAGCAAAGCAAGCAGAAUAUGGCUUCUCUGACCAAUGAAGCAGCAGCCAGUUUUUCAUCUUCUUCUCUCCCGCGUUCUUCUACUGAUCACCAAAAUCAUUACACAUACCAGGUCUUCCUGAGUUUUCGAGGCGAGGAUACGCGUUGUAAUUUUACGGAUCAUUUGUAUACCGCUUUGCGUGACAAGGGAAUUGAGACCUUCAGAGAUGCUGAUAAGCUUAGAAGAGGAGAAGAAAUAUCAACGGCACUUCUCAAGGCAAUUGAGGAGUCCAGAGUUUCAAUCAUUGUCUUCUCUCAAAGCUAUGCUUCCUCAAGGUGGUGUUUGGUUGAACUCGUCAACAUACUUGAAUGCAGAAAAUCUAGAGGACAAGAAGUUAUACCAGUUUUCUACAAGGUGGAUCCCUCACAUGUACGACACCAAACAGGUGCUUUCACUGACGCAUUUGCCAUGCUUGAUCAACACAAAUACAAGGAUAGCAUUGGUAAAUGGAGGAAAGCUCUUUCAGAUGCAGCAAAUUUGUCUGGAUGGACUUGCGAGGAAGACCAGUAUGUUUUUUUUUACCCAAAACCCCAGUAGCUAGUUAAU